AUGAAUAACAUAUCUGGACAAUUCCGUAAAACCAUUUGGGAUCCAUUUCUUAUAAUAUCUCAAAUAAUUGCUAUCCAAACUGUGAUGUACUUCUGCCUUGGAUUAUGGAUUUGGAUUGUUGCAUCAUUUAUUGGAUCAACUAAGUCACUAGAUUAUGCUUUUCAUUAUAAGGAAAUACAUGUUCGGGACUUUGCUGGUCAAUUUAUCAUAAUUAUUUUCAUUUUAAAUGCAUUGAUUGGAGCAAUUGCAUUAUGGUGGUUGGUACAAAGAACAAAACAAUGUAUGGACUUUGCUUGUACAGCACAUUUAAUCCAUUUAUUAUGCUGUUGGGCAUACAAUGCAAGUUUUCCUUCAACAUUUAGUUGGUGGUGCUUAAACAUUAUAUCUUUAAGUAUAAUGUGUGUUUGUGGUGAAUUCCUUUGUAUGAAAACUGAAUUGCAGGCAAUACCAUUAGGUAUGAAUAGUCAGAAAACAGCUUUGUAAAAAUUUUUAAUAUAAAAUCAAAUGUUUGUUUAGUAAAUGUCAUUCCAAAUUAAAGAAUUCGAAAUAAACAAAAAACCCUUUAUCU